UUCUCCAAUUGCCGGUGCUUCUACUCGCCGUUACAGCAACGGGGAUCGUGACUUAAUCCUCUACACAUAAUUAUCUCCCAGUUUCGUGUUUCGCCCAGCUGAAGAUGGCCCCUGCCACUACCGAGAGCGCCUCACCGAUUGGCAUUGCCAAUCUGCCUAACCAGCGACACAAGAUUGUUGCUAAGAGGGGCGCUGCUUUUACUAUUAUGGUUGCUGGCGAGUCCGGCCUCGGCAAGACCACCUUCAUCAACACGCUGUUCUCCACGACCAUCAAGAACUAUGCCGACCACAAGAGGCGCCACCAGAAGCAGGUCGACAAGACCGUCGAGAUCGAAAUCACAAAGGCUGAGCUCGAAGAGAAGUUCUUCAAGGUUCGCCUGACUGUUAUCGAUACCCCCGGCUUUGGUGACUAUGUCAACAACCGCGACUCAUGGAUGCCUAUUAUCGAAUUCCUCGACGACCAGCACGAGUCCUACAUGCUCCAGGAGCAACAACCCCGCCGUCAGGACAAGAUCGAUCUCCGUGUCCACGCCUGCUUGUACUUCAUCCGCCCCACCGGCCACACCCUUAAGCCUCUAGAUAUCGAGGUUAUGAAGAGACUCUGCUCUCGCGUCAACCUCAUCCCCGUUAUCGCCAAGGCCGACACCCUCAGCCCUGCCGACCUGGCGAGGUUCAAGUCCAGGAUCCGUGCCGUCAUCGAAGCUCAGGGUAUCAAGAUCUAUCAGCCACCUAUUGAGGAGGAUGACGAGGCUGCCGCACAACACGCCCGCAGCUUGAUGGCCGCUAUGCCCUUUGCCGUUAUCGGUUCCGAGAAGGAUGUUAAGACCAGCGAUGGACGUAUUGUCAAGGGCCGUCAGUACUCGUGGGGUGUUGCCGAGGUCGAGAACGAGGAACACUGCGACUUCAAGAAGCUCCGUUCGAUUCUUAUCCGCACCCACAUGUUGGACCUUAUCCACACAACAGAGGAGCUGCACUACGAGGCUUACCGCGCCCAGCAAAUGGAGACUCGCAAAUUCGGCGAGGCUCGCCCAAGGAAGCUCGACAACCCCAAGUUCAAGGAGGAAGAGGAGGCUCUCCGCAAACGCUUCACAGAACAGGUUAAGAUCGAGGAACAGCGUUUCAGGCAGUGGGAGCAGAAGCUUAUUGCCGAGCGCGACCGUCUCAACAAGGACCUCGAACAGACCCACGCCCAGAUCAAGUCCCUCGAGAUGGAGCUCGAGUCUCUGCAGGGAAAUGCCGUCCGCAGCCACGGUCGCCGCUAAGCGGUUAUCAUGGCUUUUGUGGUAUCCACUACAAGGGGGACCACCGUCUCCCGUUCUAUCGAGCACUAAUGUACCUGCGCCUCGAUUGUUUUCGACAUGUUUACGUGAAGACGAAC